AUGCUCUCCCGCCCAGACAACCCAGAGUCCCGUGGACAGCCCAAUCGCCAUCAGCGUCAACAAAUCCAAGAUGAUGUAAACCCUUGGACUCGCAUCCAAAGAUUCUUCGAGAUGCCAUCGCAAACAGGAUUGAAGGAACUGAAUAUCAGUCAUGGAUUGCCGGUGAUGAUACUGCUACCUCUGGCCGGGGCUGCAAAGAUAUUUCAUUGGAAUCCGACCAUAGUUCUCGUGGUGAAUAUCGUUGCCAUUAUCUUUUUAUCCGAGGCGAUAUCUAUCUCAUCCGAUGAACUCGCUGAGCAUCUCGGAGAACUGCAAGGUGCCUUACUCAGUGCCACAUUCGGAAAUACCGUAGAGCUUACGGCGGGAAUUCUGGCUCUGGUUCAUGAUGAGAUCCCGUUUGCGCAGUCUGUCAUGGUUGGCAGUAUUCUCUCAGAUAUUCUGCUCGUCUUCGGCUGUUGCCUUGUCACAGCUUCGUACAACAAGGAAGUUCUAGAGUUCAACAGCGCCCUUGCAAAGACCUUGUCCUCUUUGAUGAUGAUCACAGCCGUGACGAUGCUUCUCCCAACGGCUCUUUACUCGACUUUCCCGGUAUCUGAGAUUGAUGACAGAGUGCUCUCCUUCUCACGAGGAACGUCAUUGGUACUCCUUGUGCUCUACGGAGGUUACCUCUACUUCUAUCUUGGGACUCACAAACACCUAUUUCUUUCAAACGAGAGCGAAACUAGUGAUGAUGAAAACAGCGGAGACUCAUCAUCCACACCCAACCGAGCCAGCCUAGCUUCAUCAAUUAUCAGGUUGAUAACCGCCGUGGCCGCAACAGUCUUUUGCACAGAGCUUCUGCUUGAAAGCACCAGCGACAUGGCGCAAACCCUCGGAGUCUCCGAAGUGUUCAUCGCGAUUAUUUUUAUUCCAAUUGCUAGCAAUAGCACCGAGGCGAUUACUGUCAUUACUGCAUCUCGCACAGGAGACACAGACUCUGCAAUCCGGGUUAUCAUCGAUAGUCUUUUGCAGAUUGGUCUAUUUGUCAUACCAUUCUUGGUAAUUAUCGGCUGGUGCAUUGCUGAACCGAUGACGCUUUUCUUUGACUCGUUCCAGACUGUUGCCAUGUUUUUGGCUAUUCUGGUGGUCAAUCAUCUACUUCGUGAUGGACAGUAUGCUUACAUUCAUGGCGCGAUGCUGCUUGCUCUGUAG